AUGUCUACUCUAUCUAAUGAGCCUGUGCCUGCACCUCAUCAAAACAUAUCUUCCGACGAACUAAGUUUGGCCUUGAGACUAUAUGGUGUCCUAAAGGAGGCCGUCACAGAAAUGAUAGACUUCUUUUGUAACACAAUUACACCUCCAGCUGGGCCUCUUGAUAUGUUCAUAGAACCAGCUAAGUCUGGACUUAAUCCCAUGCAGGCUCUUCUUCGCUGGGUGAUUGAAACACAGCAGCCUUUUACAGUUGUUGAACAUCCUACAUGGAAAGAACUCCUUAAGAGUCUAAAUGCCAACUAUCUUCUUGAGUUUAAAGAGAUUGAUGGAUUGCACUCUGGCGAAAAUCUGUCUACAAUUAUCAAAAGUGUACUUGAAGUAUUUCAAAUCGAACAUAAGCUUCUAACAAUCACCGGAGAUAAUGCUGGAAACAACCUAACACUCUGCGAUUAUCUCCAUGCAGACCUAUUAAAAGAUUUUGACAAGGAAGAUAGUCCAUUCUGUAUAAAACCACUUAUGCGGUUCCGGGGUCGGAAUAGCUUCAUUGGAUGUCUUGCACAUAUACUGAAUCUUAUCUGUAAGGAUAUUCUGGUAUCCUUAAAGACCGGUACAGUCCGUGAUGCACAUAUUAUACUUGAUGAGAUGCCAUCACAGAAGGAUCAUUCACCUGAAACAUUGAUUUCAACGAAAGGUGCUAUUGUUAAGAUCCAUCUUUUGGCCUUAUGGAUUAGUAACAGCCCCCAGCGAAGGCAGGCAUGGAAGGAUAUCUCUCCCUGCAAACAAAUUCAGAAGGUCCUGAAGCCAUUCUGGGACCAUACCAACUCUGUCUCGAAACAUUGCCCAAGCAUCACUAAAAGCCUUCCAAUAUACUGGAGUCUUGAUGAUAUUCUUGACAAUAUCAAAAAUAACGAAGGUGACUUUCAAGAGAUUACUAAGGAGGUUCAAAAUGCUGUUAAAGGAGGAAUCCGGAAAAUGGAUAAAUUCAUCAAGAAGAUGGAUUCCAAUAUUAUCUAUUACGUGGCUGCCAUUCUUGAUCCACGGGUUAAGACCUCCUUCAUCCGAGCUCAAAUGAGCAAGUCUGAUGCAGAUGUGAUUGUUUCUGAUAUACGUGAAUAUCUUAAGAAACAAUAUCCUGCAAGCCCUAUCUCUUCCUCUAGCGCAGAGCGUCCACCAGACAUAAUAUCAGACAUUGAUCGGUACCUAGAUUUAAGCCCUGAGAUGUGGUCUCAUGGUAUGAUAGAAGAUGGGGAUCCUGACUGGAUAUUGAAAUGGUGGAAAGCAAAUGCCUUUAACUAUCCUCUAAUGUCGAAAGCUGUACAAGACUAUCUUCCUAUUCCGUCUGCUGAAGUAGGCGUUAAGAGAUUGUUUAGUAACGCACGAGAUGUUCUGGGUAUUCGGAGACACUGCUUGAAUUCUAAGACGUUUAGAUGGCUGAUGUUCCUUAAGGGACAAUAUGGUAAAGAACGCCGGGACUCGGCAUAA